AUGAACCCUCAACAAGUGGAUGGUUCAGCGUCGAGUGUUCGCAGCCAGAUACCUGCUACCUAUUCUGCUAAUUAUGUUCAGGAUUACAGGUCUAUUCCUGAGGAAACUCGGCAGCUUUUGAGCGAAUUUGGCCUACUGUCUGACUUUCUGGACUUGGACUCGGACUCGGACCUAAGUGAUGUGCCGAGUGACGAUGGCAUUUUGGAUGAUGAUGCUUUUUUGCAUGGUGUGAUGCAGUCGCCUGUCCAAGGAGAGAGAUUUGUGCGACCUGCGGAAGGGAUCCCUAGAACUCCACUGAAGAGCGCAUUACUUGCAGAUCCUCAUGUUCAGUUCGUCAUGACACUGCGUCCUAGGCCUCCAAAAGUGUCCCCUUACUUCCCAAAGCCGCUCAUCGACCCCGAUUCCUGUCUGCCUUUCCCCUCAAUUGACGCGCCCACAUUCGGUUUGGUGCAAGAGCAACUCGCACAUGAUCCAUUCCGUCUGCUUAUCGCCACGAUCUUUCUAAAUCGGACUCGAGGAGGCGUUGCUUUGCCUGUUCUCUUCCGAGUUUUUGACCAUUUCCCGACAGUUGAUGACAUGAGCACGGCCAGUUUCUCGAAGUUGGUUUCCAUGAUCCAUUCUUUGGGAUUUCAGAACGAGCGAGCGAAAAAAUGCAUCAACCUUGCUCAGACAUGGCUGGCCCGUCCACCAAAGAAGGGCAGUCGAUACCGCAGACUGCAUUACCCACGCAAGACGGAUGGAGAAGACGUUGGCCGCGAAGAAUGCAUCGGGGACGACGACACGCGUGUGGCCUGGGAGAUCGCACAUCUCCCUGGUGUGGGCCCGUACUCGUUGGACAGCUGGCGCAUCUUCUGUCGGGACGAGCUGCGGGGACUAGCCAAGGACUGGAAAGGCAAUGGCGCGGCAUCAGCAGAUUUUGUCCCCGAAUGGAAAUCAGUCUUACCACAGGACAAGGAGCUACGAGCAUAUUUGACGUGGAUGUGGCUCAAGGAAGGCUGGAUUUGGGAUCGGCACACGGGUGAGCGCAAACGAGCCAGCGAAAAGAUGAUGCGUGCUGCGCGCCGUGGAGGUGUUGCUCAUGAACAGGACGGCAAUUUUGUGUUGGAGACGUCGCCAGUGAAGAAGGUCGCGAAUGGUCUGACUGCAUGGAGCUGA